GUUUUCAAAGUGAAAUUUAAAUUUCUUUGUUUACUUUUACAUGGAUGCAGAGAGUGCAACGUUUGAUAGGACAUCCCAGUAUCUUCUAUUUGCGGCAGCUCUGUAUCGAGAUCAUAGCUUUCAAGAGGGUGCAACAUUUUGAUAAUACAUAUCAGUAUCCUCUUUUUGUAGCAGCACCAUAUGAGAUCAUAACUUUCGAGAUCUCUAGCACUGAGAUUGACAAAUCCACUCCCAAAUUCUUCUCAGAUUGGGAUCCUGACUCCAAAAUGUUCAUGGUUUGUUUCAAAGGUCAAAGCCACCAAGGGCAAACAAACAUCUGCCUGUCCUUGCAACUAGUGGAAAGGCAGAUCCAGCUGCUCCUCUAAGACCUCUGCUCCCACCAAGCUCCACCACCUCCACCUUCAUGGCAAGGAUAGCCAAAUCCCCCCUGAGCCACAACACCUCAAAGUUUCUAGCUCAUUACUGCUGCUGGUUUCUAUGAAAUGGCCCUAGGCCUACGCUGAGGGGUGGAACCGCACUGCCAUCACCCAUACCUUAUAUAGGGGAAGGGAAACCAUGUCAAAUUUCAGUUCUAAGUCUCCAACAAUUCUACCUAAAGAUUUUCCAGGUCAACAGAUGCCAUCUUCUCCACUUCCUAUCACAGCGGGGCAAAAGGUGUCCAGACAUUUAUCUAUUGCUAGGCACACAUCAAUAACGUUUCACGUAUAGUGUCAACUCCAGAUGCAAAGCAUGAUGAAUGAUAUGGUUCAGAAAUGUAAUCAAAUUGUACAAUGGAUUUGUGAAUUGAUUCAAGUAGUUUUUUCUCCCUUACAAGGGUAUAACAUGUUAGUUUGUUUCAUCUCUGUUUUUCUCAUGAAGCAUCAUUAUUGUGUUGAAACCUUCCUCUACUAAUGCGACGGUCCAAAUUUUCAUUA